CCCAUUCUCCCUUGCGCUUCUUUAUCCGCAAGUAGAGAGAGGAUGAUGAUUGCCCUCAAAGCCAUUUCCUUCAGUCCUACAAAACUAUGUUUUCCCUGCACAAAAACAUUGUCCAAGAAAAACUCCAUCCUCUUCCUCUGCAAGUCUGAAGAUGCAGGUUCAGAUGGCCCGGACCCCAAAGGCGACGCCCGGACGCAGGAGCUGCUGGCCAGUAUAGCAAUGCUUCAAGCUCAAAAAGUCCGAGUUGCCGAUUACUUGGAUGAGAGAUCGGCUCAUCUAACCCAAUUUGCUGAAGAGGCCAAUGCCGAGUUCGAUGAGAUUGAAGAAAAUGCUCAGAAAGGACUAGAUGAAGCUGGAGCCAGGAUAAUGGAGAACAUAGAGACUCGUAUGCAAGCCUUUGAGGAAUCUGCAGCACUGAACAAAAUAGAAAUUGACAAGAAUGAAAAGAAUUUAGAAGAGUUUGAAGGCCAAAUUGUGAGGGACCGGAAUGAAGGGAUGUUCUUCAAGAACCUGGGGCAGAGACCGCCACAAGAAAAAGCAAAAGCGAAGGAGGAAGUGAAAAAGAUUAAACAACUAAUGAAACGAAGUGCAGGAUCAAAAACAAGGAGGAACAUUUACCUUGCAUUAAUGGGCUUGCUGGCCAUUGGGAUUGCUGAUGCCUUCAUCUCUUCGUCAGAUUGGCGAAAGGUUGCAGGUCUGGGGCUCAUUUGGAUAGCUUUGCUUACUCAAUUCAUCUACGAACAGAGGAUGUCAUUGGAAACCGAAAGAACAGAAAAGACAGGAAUUGACAAAGAAGAAAAAUGAAUGGUGUUUCUUUCUAUCAUUAUAAUUAUUCCCUUGCAACAUUUUUCACUGCAACUGUUUUGACUGUAUAUAUAGCAUGAGACAUAACCCCAAGUCAAGUCUAAUUACUUGGAUUUGAUACAAUCAUGCGAGCUUGCUUUUGCAUCAUGACAUCUAGUCCUGGUGACAUGUCUGCAAUCACCAAAAACCAUGUAUGCUAAACAGUCUGAUGCUAUAUGGUGAACUUUAAUCCAUCUCUUCUUAUAUAUACAAAAAAGGAGCAAUUUUCAUA